CUGGGUGACUGACAGGCAAUCCCGCCUCCUGCUACUUGCCUGGCUAGUGAGAGCCUGUGAGGGGCGGAGCGCUGCUUACAUUGUGGGCGUGCCCAUUUUAAAGCCCGGUCUGCGACUCUGGCUGUUCCCGGCUCCCCUGUGUCCUGCAGUCAGUAGUGGCCGUUGUCGUGUAUGUCUGUGUGCGGUGCGUGUCCCGGCUUUCCGUGCAGGACCCCGGCAGCUAGUGCGCCUGUUACACCGGAUAGCCGAGUAGCCAUCGACCGGACAGCGGUCACCAGGAUGAUACCGGAGGAAAGUUAUGGAAUAAUGGAUAAGUGCUGCAGGACACCGCGGACAGUACGGCGUCAGCAGGAGGAGGAGAAAAAGGGUUAUGGAAGGCCAGGGCUCCUUGGAGAUCCUAUUACUCCUAUCCAAAGCCAGCCUUUCACAAGUCGUUAUACUAUAUCCCCAGGACAUGAGCUGGGCAGAGGAAAAUUUGCUGUGGUCCGGAAGUGUAUAGAAAAAGAUACUGAAAAAGAGUUUGCUGCAAAGAUCAUGAGAAAACGAAGAAAGGGUCAGGAUUGCCGAGUGGAGAUCCUGCAUGAGAUUGCAGUGUUGGAGCUAGCAAGAGACAACCCUUGGGUCAUCAAGCUACAUGAGGUGUAUGAAACGGCUACUGAAAUUAUCCUUGUGUUAGAAUAUGCUGCUGGCGGUGAAAUCUUCAACCAGUGUGUAGCAGAAAGGGAAGAGGCUUUCAAAGAGAUGGAUGUCCAGAGGCUUAUGAGACAGAUAUUAAAAGGAGUUUCAUUUUUACACCGACACAAUUUGGUGCAUCUUGACCUGAAGCCACAGAACAUUCUACUUACAAGUGACUGUCCAUUGGGGGACAUAAAGAUAGUGGACUUCGGCCUUUCUAGAAUAGUGAAUAACAAUGAAGAAUUAAGAGAAAUCAUGGGGACCCCAGAAUAUGUUGCGCCUGAAAUCCUGAGUUAUGAGCCCAUCAGUACAUCCACAGAUAUGUGGAGUAUUGGUGUAUUGGCCUAUGUCAUGCUCACAGGAAUCUCCCCUUUCCUGGGCGAUGACAAGCAGCACACCUUCCUCAACAUUUCUCAGCUGAAUGUCAGUUACACAGAUGGUGACUUUGAAGGAAUAUCGGAAUCUGCAGUUGAUUUCAUCAGAGGACUCCUAGUUCGGGAGCCUGAAGGGCGAGCAACAGCAGAGGACUGUCUCCAUCAUCCAUGGAUCGCCCAAGGUGAUCUUCCAGAUCCUUAUGCUAGUGCCAUGAACAAAGUACAAGAUGACAACCAUGUUGUAGAGGUUGAAGAGGAAGAUGAGCUCAAAGCGGACAAUUCCCCGGAUGCCAGCCCAGCCCAUCCAGACACAGAUGGACAGACUGUGACAGAGGAGUUAAUAUUAAUGGCUUCUUAUACUUUGGGACAGUGCAGACAGACAGAAUUGGAAAAACAAACUGAAGCUAAAGCCAUUACCAAGCGAUUUAAGUUUGAGGAGCCGAUGUUGCAAGAUGUACCAGGAGAUUUUAUUUAUUAAGCUCUUACACUUGGAACUGUGUGAAUUUUAGAGCUUGGAGGUGUUUUCUUUCUAGAGUCAUUGAGCUUCUUGAUGAAACAGACUUCAGUCAGCCUUCUGAGGAGAGCAACUGGCUGUCAUGGCAGUAUGAAUUCAAUUCAACCAUGCCAUGUUAAAUCUCAGACUGGCCAAAACCUGUCUACAUGUUGAGUAUUUUCUUUUUAUUAUUUAUUUAUUUUACUAUAUUUUUUUUGGCUUGUGCCUGAACACCAUCAUAUUAUCCUGUGCUAUUGAGGUUUUCUUAAAAUGGCAGCAGGAUGUAUUGUCUCAUAGGGUCCAUAUUGGAAUACAUCACCAGCGUACUAACUGGUCAGUGUUGGAAUUCUUUGAGUAGCAUUGUAGAAAUAUGUAAUUUUAAGAAAAAGAUGUAUAAGUUAAACAAAGAUGUAUAUUGUACAGUGCAAACUGUGAUGGGAAGCUUCUAAAAGUUCUUAAGAUGUACUUGCCACUUCCAGGUAGUGGAGGCAGCCCUUUUGUGAGCUGAAUUAAUGAUCAUGAGAUGCUGGCUGUCCAUUCACUAGUAGUUCCUUCAUAUUGAAUUGGCCCAAGUGAUCUCGUGUUACUUAUGAGCCAAUAGGCUGCAGUGUCAUGACUGUUGGAACAGAUAACAAAAAAAGCUGCCCCCACUUCAUAUAGAUAUAAGGCAAAGAGAACCUGGUACAUCCUGGAAAAUUUAAUUUGCCAAUUAUUCUGUUUGAUGAAAACAAAAUCCAGCUACUAUAAACUUGUAAAUAGUGUUUAUUGCUCAUUAGAAGUUGGUACAUAAGAUAAGGCAAAACAUGUGUGAGAUCCAAGCCAAUUAAUAUAAAGCAAGUAAUUACUCUUGCAAAACAUUAAUGACAUGAUUUUAGUAAUUUACUGACCACGAUAACCUUUCAGUGUAUCCUAGGAAAGUCAGUGCCAAGUAAGCAGGUGCCAAGAUGUGUUGUAACUGCUUAAUUCCCUAGCAGCAGCACAAUAGAUCUAGGUUUCUAACAUCAAGGUGAUACAUUGGACUCCAUAACCCCAAGCGUUAUCCGAACACCAGGAAAACACAUGCCAUACAUGCCAGGCCGCUUUCUUACCAAUAAUUACAUGGUUCCCAUUCUCUAAUUUGGGGUACAGUUGUAACAGUAUAACCUUGUUAGUAGUGGUUAGUGACACAUGGUUCUAGAUCAGAUCAGCACUUUCACUUUCUCCACUGUAUGUUCCUCGCCACAAAGCACAGUUCGAGCUGCCUGUCGGCUUGGGUUUUGCUGAUCUUAUGUGGUAGCAGUCUUUUUACAGUACAGAUUUGCUGGCACUUGGGCUGUUUCCGCACUACAGUUAUCGAGAUCUGUUGUAGUAGUAAUAGUUGGGCACCGGAUUGUAUGCCAUUUUCAUUUGAGAUGCGGUCUGUCCUGUGUAUUAAGAUUACAUAUAGCUAGAACACAAUUCUGAUUUAUCAUUGUUGAUCAGAAACCUAUAAAUAGGCGUUGGCACAUCACUGUUACAGAGACAGCGAGAUAGGUUUAUACAUAAAAAAAGAAAAAUCCAAGGCUGGGAUCUGUUAUCUGUGUUUGAGAAGUGCCUCCCUAAAAUUGGAAUAGUUGUUUUCCCUCUAACAUUGGGAUAUAACCUUCUCCUAUAACAAUAUAGCUAGAAGUAUGAGCAACUUAAUAUAGCCUGAAUCACUCUCCCAGGCUCUGUGCUAAGCGGGGAGUGUAUAGAGUACUGCUGUAUCUAAUGCCCAGUGUAUCCAUGUUCUAUAAACACUUUGGAUUAAUACAAGGGUAGAUACACAGAAUAUUCUGUUCACAGCAUGGAGACUGGAUUAUUAAAUGGAGAUUGCUUUUUAUCUUUUUGCUCUUUAGCUCGGAGAGAACAUGCAUGCUUGCGGUUGUUUCCCGCGCUGGACUGUGGUCUCCUGUUCAAUUUUGAUUUACAUACAUACAUACAUACAUACAUACAUGCAUACAUUGAAAACCCAAUGGUUAUGCAUAUCCAAUUGACUUUGGUAUCAAUGAUCUGUUUAUAGUCUCAAUUUUGUCUGCUGGUCAUUAUGAACCAGCAGCACGCAGGAAAAAGCAGCAGCAUGCAGGAAAAAUACAUCCAUAGAUGUGUAUCUAACCAGAUCUAGCACUAUGCUGUCACCGUGUACAGAUCUAACUGCAGAAUCACAGUUGAAUGUUAAACAACAGACUAGUUUGUGUGUUGGGUGUGUAUCCCACAUUUGGCUCAGUGAUUUUACCAGAAUAUUGUGGCCUAGUUUUUUUUUUUGUUUUUUGUCUAGUUUAAACCAUGUAUAUUGCAUAUGUUCCCUUUUAAAAAUCUUUUUUUUUUUUUUUUACAAUUUUCAUUUUAUAGACCGAAUGUAUUAUUAGUAGGUGUCAUAUCUAGCAUUUGAGACACACAAUGGUACAUCCUUGAUGUAGCUUCCAUAUGACAAUACAUUUUAUUUUUAAAAGUACUAUAUCACCACAUCCUAAAAUAUCUGAAAGGUUAAAAUGUAAUUUUCUUCCUCUGUAAAUGGUAUAAUGUCACUGACCUGUCUCUAACUUCAACUACAAUUGACUGUAAGAAAGCUUAGUGUGCCCAUGAUCUACAUAAAGUGGUGGCAGCCAUUUUGCUGGCUGAAUAUUCAAGGAGAAAGUGGCAUCCAUGUUCGUUAGGGAUUGGUCAUACAGAUUAAUGUCAUUCAUUGCAGGGAGUUGAUUGGCUACUUAUUUAAUGUUGGUCCAGCUCACAGAAUGACCACUUUACUCUAUGUAGGGAAUGGUUGUGCAUAAAUAAUUUUGAUUGCAAAACCCUUUUGGAGAGUUUAUACGAAUAUCGACUAACAAUCAUUUGUCACCUGGCAGUCAUAGGUGAGUGUAACUAUACUGGUGUUCACUAAACACACAUUGUGUCUUGUACUGCUUUGUUCGUUCUUAAGUUUAUCACCUUUUCUUCUCCAACAAAAAAAAACAACAACUUUGUAUUUCUGUUUGUAUCCCUAAACACACAAGCGGACCCUUUUCAUGGUUUCUACUUGCCCCAGGCUUUGGACACCAUUACCAAACCACUACUCCCGUGUAAAUGACACAACAUUGAAUUUUCUCUGGCUUGGAGUAAACGGCAGCACAUUUGCCAACACACCUUUCUGUAACAUUGUGGUAGCAAUAAAGUGCCUUUUUCUUCCAACAUUAAACAUUUGAUCCCAACUACAAUCCUUUAUUCUGUUGUAGAUUCCUUCUGUACCAAUGAUUAGGGCCAUGAUACUAAAGGGCCCCAUACACUAGAGCGAUAGUGCCCGAUUUUGGGCAUUUGGCCCAAUAUAUUGGAUGAAAUCAGGCAUUUUGGAGGUGUAUCUAAUUCGAUGUGCGUUCCCAUGAGGAUCAGAUCCUCCAAAUUAAAUGUGCUGCACAUUCAGUCAGGUCCGACCUGGGGGCAUACGAUGUAUCUUGGGCAUUCCUGCCCUCCAGGAGGCUGCCGGGGCGAUUGCCUGCAACAUGUGGUAGCAUAAGUGUAUGGGGCCCUUCACAGUAUUGACAACCUAGUGCUGUGACAGUUAAUCCCGUUUCCCGCAAGCAUCACAGGAAAACUGGGUGAUGGGCUGGCCGACAAAGAACACUGUAUUUUCAAGCGGCCUCUGCUUACUAAGCACAUACUGUAAGCAAAGAACAUACCCUAGCUAGCUCUUACUACUUACUGUAUGGAAUCUCUAGCUACAUAAGUUUGACUACUCUUUACUCCACUGCAAAAGUAACACACAUUUGGUAAUACUCGUAUUUCAUGCAAUUUAUUACAAAGCCAAUAACUGAUUUUAUUUGGCUGCUCUGAGAUCUACAAUGGAGUGUAUUCAAUACCUGUUGGAAACUGCUGUCUUGUCGGAAAGACGCCAGUUUCCGACAGUAUAGGUCUGAAGAGGUUCCGACCUAUUCAAUGAGGACCCGUUUUUCCGGACAAGUUGGGAAAUCCGACUUGUCGGAAUGCACGUGGAUCAGCGGAAUAGCCGCCGAUCUGCGUGCUUCUGUCGGAAACGGAUUUGGUCCCUCUUCCGACAAUGUUAAUCCGACUUUGUAAAAAGUCGGAAUGACAUUUCUGCCUCCUCCAUCCACCCUACCCAGCUGAUGAUUCGGGGUGAGAGAGGAGCAGUGCCCGGGGAUAGAGCAGCGCUGGGUGAACGGCAGCGCCGGGAUGAGAGAUCCAUUCCGGCAAAUGCAUAUCGGAAUGGAUCCGACUCUUAUUGAAUAUAUACCCCAAUGUCUUCAUAUUUUUGUUUGUCGUGCCUUUUUUUUUUUGUACAGUAAUUUUAAAUCGGAGCUGUUUUUUCUAUAGUUCUAUUAAUAUGUGUAAGUUAUAAGCAGCCUGUUAAUAAAUGCUGUAUACUCUAUUACUGAAUAAAUAAGAUGUGUUUAUAAAGAUGUAUUUUUCAGGCAUUAAAGCCAAUCCAUGCAGUUCUGAAGCAGUUUAUAAUAAAGAUAUUUUCCACUCGUA